CGGCCGCCUGGGCACCGUGCGGGGCGGUUCCGCCGCCGGGCACGUCUCUGCCGCACGGACACCCAGAAAGACACCCAUUGUCAGAAUAAACAAUAGGUGAUGCUGGAACUGACUGGUAGCUGACUGCUGGUAGCGCUUAAUUUGCUCUGAAGGAAGAGACCAUGUUUAAGCACCUUUUAAAGACACCUUCCAUUUUCUGUGUUGCCAUACAGUAUUCAUGUCUGCGUUAACAUCGAAGAACUAUCUCAGAUGAAUGAAGACCAGAAGGAUCAGGAGAUGAUGUGAAUUGUAAUGGAGAGACGCUUCUGUGAAACUGCUAGAGGACUUCAGAGUAGGGCAUCUGUCUUCUCUGCCCUCUUCUACUUGUGUCAAAGUUAGAAAUGAACCACACUUGGACAUACAAUCUGAGCUUUGGUGCAUCUACAGACCCUGUUGACUCAAGGACUGGACUCUCACGAAACGGGCACACAGUAGUGGCUAUAUUUCUGGGAUUUAUUUUAUUUUUUGGUUUCUUGAAUAACCUGACUGUCCUCAUCCUCUUCUGCAAGUUUAAAGUCCUUCGUAACCCGGUCAACAUGCUCCUCCUGAACAUCAGUAUCAGUGACAUGUUAGUGUGCAUCUCAGGCACGACCCUCAGUUUUGCAUCUAACAUCCAUGGCAAAUGGAUUGGAGGGGAAUACAGCUGUAGGUGGUAUGGCUUUGUCAACUCCUGCUUUGGCAUUGUGUCCCUGAUCUCCUUGGCUGUCCUGUCGUAUGAGCGAUACAGCACUCUCACCCUGUGCAACAAACGCAGCGCUGACUAUGGGAAAGCCUUGCUGGCAGUUGGCGGCUCAUGGAUUUACUCCCUGAUCUGGACUGUGCCACCUCUUAUCGGAUGGAGCAGUUACGGGAUAGAAGGUGCAGGUACCAGCUGUUCAGUACGCUGGUCCUCUGAGUCGGCCAAGUCCAUGUCCUACAUCAUCUGUCUCUUCAUAUUCUGCUUGGUCGUUCCUGUACUAGUGAUGAUAUACUGCUAUGGCCGUCUCCUUUACACUGUUAAACAGGUUGGAAAAAUCCACAAGAAUGCUGCCCGCAAAAGAGAAUACCAUGUACUGUUCAUGGUGAUCACUACAGUUAUCUGUUACCUGAUGUGCUGGAUUCCCUAUGGAGUUAUAGCACUGCUUGCAACAUUUGGUAAGCCAGGUGUGGUGACUCCAGUUGCAAGCACCAUACCUUCCAUCCUAGCAAAAAGCAGCACUGUUUGCAAUCCUAUUAUCUACAUACUUAUGAAUAAGCAGUUUUACAAAUGCUUUCGUCUGCUUUUCCACUGUCAACCUCAUUCCUCCACUGAUGGCGAGCCUACCAGCCACUCUAAGGUAACCGCUAUCCAGCUGAAUCAGAGAAUGGACUGUGGAAAUGUGUGCAAUAAUGAACCAUGUCCCAAAACAGACAAUAAAACGAUUUCUCUUCUGCGCCCAGAGCCAAGCCUGGAGCCAAUUUCAAAAAAUACACCACCGAUGUCAUAGGAAAAUUUGUUCUCAUGGAAAGUACAAGCCUUAACCAGCAUGUGUUUCAUUUCACUGCCAUUUUACCCAGCUAACCUUAAAAUUCCUAAAGGAAAUUGCCAUUUGUGGAAUACGAAAACUGACAAGAACAAAAGAUUGGGACUCUGUUAUCAUAUCUUUAGUAACAGUAAAGAUGGUCACAUCACUGCAGAAAUGGUUCAACAAUGACAAAGUUUUUAAGCAAUAGUGUUGCCUUUCCUGUAAACUGGAGCACUGAGAAGUGGUAAAGGCUUAGUUCUUAGUGAUCUGUGGAUCAAUGUCCUCCGGAAUCAAUCUAAAAGGCAUGCUGGGCUAUCUAGUUUAGCUCCUUGCCUUCCUGCAUUGUUCCAUAUACUCCAUUCCUUGGGAUUUCAAAUUAGGAUAUUAACAAGUAUCAUAAGUAUGGUAAAGUGACACAUUUUGGCCAUUUCCCUUGGGAAACUCUUCCACAGUCAAAUAUCUCCAAGUUUUUCUGUAUUCAGCUCAGUCUAAUUUUUUCUUUUUAUUUUAAGUGAGUUAUUCCUCAAAAUUAAUUUCAUAUCCAAGACUUACAACAUCUAUGGAUGUCUGUUUAUUAGGAUGUUGUGCCUUGUCCACUUUCUAUCUACUCAUUCUCACACACAAUUCAUUCCUUAAAAUACUGGGGUAUGGGGCUAGAUUUCCCCACAUGAGCACUAAGAUCUACAACAUCUACUGUAUCACUCUACAUUUAGGUGUGCAGCUGCCUAGCGGAAUUGACAACACUAAAUUUAGGGAUGGAUCUGUGUUCCCCACAUAAGACAACAGAAGGAUUUCUGCACUGGCUCAGACCAACUAUCUGUUUAGCUUGGUAUCCUGGUCUUCAACAGAGCCAGCAGCUGAUGGGAAAAAGGGAAAGAGCAGAUGGGGAAAAGUGGAACAAGGCAAUACAGAAGGGAUUCUUCAUCAUUAAACCUUUAAUUCACCAUUUACUUACUCAUGGUAAGAUAUCUGUGAUUCAGGACUUUCUAAGCCACUGGUUGUAUCCAGACCACCCUGUUUAAUUCCCAGAGAUAAAGUUAUCCAACCUAAACAUUACCUUUUGAACUCACUUGAGCUUUUGGCCUCCACAGCAUCUUGUGGAAAUAAGUUCCACAGGUCCAUUUUGUCUUGUGAGCAAAGUACUUCCUUUCGUUUGCAUUAAAUCUCUUAGAUGAAAAUAUCUUCAGGGUCCCCUUUCCCCUUUGAUAGGAAAAAUUGAAAUACCUUUCCUGUAUUCCUCAAAAUUUUGCAGAUAUCUAUCAUAGCAUUUUUCGUCUGUUUUCCAAAGGGAUAAAACUAGGUUGAUUUUAGCCUUCUGUUUUACAGAAACUGGUGUUUACCUCUCACCACGCUUGCUGUCUUGCUCUUCUGUCUGCAUGGUAUCUUUUUUAGAGAUGAGUUUCCCACACUGCAUAAAGCAUGUCCAAGAUGGCAGCACACCAUGGACUUAUAUACUGACAUAGUGAUUUUCUCUUAUUCACUUUUUUCCCCCUAAUAAUUGUAACAGUCUAUGAAAAAUUUUAAUCAUGCUGGAUGCUGAUGUUCUGAGGGAGGAAAAACAGUGUCUUGACACUCUAGUUUCUGAGUGAAAACAGCUAAUUUAUGGCACAUCUUUGUGGCAAAGUCCACAAAAGGCAACAAACUUAAAGGUGAGCUAAGACCAUGAAUGAACACUACCAUACGGAGAGGUGUUCCUGGGCUGCAGAGGUUUACUCUGUCCUGGUGGACAUGGGAGCACUCCUGAGACUUUCAGGUCUGCUGCACAUGCCAAAAGCUCACAGACAGCUUUGAGGAAGAAGUGUGGCUAGUGGCAGACCUUCUCUCCUUCACUACCUCUAAAACCGUAGACCACCAGCCAGAGAGAGCAGAAGUGCAGUACAACCAGCGCUCCCAUCUCAAUAACCUACGGACCAGAUCCCAAGGUUACACAUUUGUUGCAUGAGCUACAUAAACCCAAGGAGGCAAAUCCCUCCACUCAGCAGUCACAGCCCCCAAAUACUCUUAGAAUUAGCUGUUCCUACUGUUUCUUUCAAAAAAAACAGAAGGUGGGUUAGCCCUAUAUUAAAAAGGAACAAUGACAACAACAACAAAGUAGAUCUUGGGAAGCAGGUGUUUGUGAGCUGUUUUGCUCCUUUAUGAGUAGAGUUUCCACUAAAAUAUGGACUACAUGGGUUCAAUUCUCUCCUGUGCCUUGGAGGAUGAGAACCCACCUCCUCCACAGUGGGACACCUCUAGUGUUGUAGAGCCUUCACUGAAAUCUAAGUUUACAAACAACAUGAAGUAGAAAGGAAAAAAAAAAAAUCAGGCAUCUUUAAAAGAAGCAGUGUUUAAACCAUGAGGACAUUUAUGACAGUCUCCUUAUUAGGAUGUUUGGGUUUUUCUCUAUUCACUUUCCAAUGCCAUGUCUGUCUUGUUUUUAUGAAGUCCCUAAAAUGGGGCUGCCAGGAGAAUUCCACAGGCUUUGGCUCUCACAUUCCACCCCACCUUUUUUUUAGUACCACUGUAACUCAAUUUCUCUCUUUGCUUGGUGUUAACAACCUUGCGACAAGCUACUAACGUCUGUAUCCCCCACCUAUAGGUGUGCCAAGCUGUCUAUAUUUUCAUCUUCCUGAUAACUCAGUUUCUCCACCUCCCCUUCUCUUCACCUUUGGUGAUCUUAUAACAUUUUGGAUGCAGCUUCAAAGACAAAGAAAAGGUGUGUCUCCUGACUGCUUCUUGACUUGAUCUUGCUUCUGUUAACCUGUUCUGCUGCCAUACUGCUCUGCAAAGUCCUACCUUACUUCCCAUUUGUUAUCUUUCAACAUCUCUUUCUGCAUUAUUGAUUCCUAGGUUUCUCAAGUUGAAUCUCUUUGCAUUUGGUUAUUUCCUCCCACAUGUAUUAACCUGUAGUUUCCAUGUAUCCCCUGUUUACUUAUUCUUUUCUGUAUAUUGCCAAUAGAGUACAUGUCUAUCUACUUUUUCUUUGGUCUGUCUACUUUUCACAUCACUGCCCAAUUUCAUAUCCUCUGCAAGCGUGCUUCAUAUCU